GGAUUACUUAAGUACAAGUACUUGGUACUGUACGUACCUCAGUUUCGUCUGUUCACUUUUGUUCUUUGAUUGGAGGAGUGAUGCUUUUGCUACCGGUAUGCGUUGAGACAAAUUUCCCUGGGUGAUAUUUCGUGUGUACGAAAGGAAGUGAUGAGCACAGAACCAAGAAAUAAUUGCCGACGCGUUGCAACGCAUUCCAUUUUUUCCUUGYCUCACCUUUUCGGCAUUCCCCUUUCUGAAGCAACCGCAACCGGGAUGAACAGGUCUUGGAAGAAUUSCGACAGUGGUAGCAACGCCUCGACAAAGAGCAAGGAGACUCUCGUCAAAGGCCAGAACAAGAGCAUCUCGGUCAAACACCAGCGUGCCGUUCGAGAUUACAACAGCAGCCCGAUGAGGCAACCGUAUUCUCCCAGCAACGAUACGGUAGAUCUUAGCUAUAUUUCCUCCGAUGAAGACGAUUCUUUUCUGCACCACAGAGCCGACAAAAGUUCUGCGAAUUCGCGGGUACGAUUGAAUCGAAGAAGARCAAGGUUCGAAGAAAAGGAGGAAGGCUACUCGCUACUGAAGAUUGUCGUUUCCGUCUUUUACGUGGCARUCACUCUAUCCUCAAUGCACAUUGGGUUUUUUUUGCGUGCCCCGRCAUCGCCUCUGCCGGCUCCUACCCAUCMAAUACCAUCCAGGGCAAGCCGGAAACCCAUGGUGCCGAUAGGUCGUCGGGAUCGGUCGCCAAAACCACAGCGAGAGGUCGAUUUUCUCGAGGUUGGUUUCGCGUGGAGUGAUUCGUUUGAAAYUGCCAAUAAAACCAAAAAAGAAUUCAUAUCACAGGAUGCCUUUUCCGCCUCCUGGUGGCUGGGCAAGGAAAAAUUUCUUGAGGUCGAAACCUUGGAGAMCAUGUCGSCCAGUCCCGAAGGAGCGAGUUUUCAGGUCUUUAUGAAGGUUGGCGCAAAACAAAUGCGAGUGACCAGAGACUGGAUGGACCUURGCAUCGAACACAUGUCAAAAUGGUGGAAGAUCAUACUCGAUCCUUGGGAGUACACUCCCAAUGGCGGCACACGAAAACGAAAUGACGUGGAAGGUUAUUUGAACAGGAUCAUAGACAUUUUCAGAACCUACGUGUUUAGCGAAGAUCGGCGAAUGUUUUGGGACGACAUCACCACCGACAAAUACCRAACGGAGUGGCUCGAGGUGUCGCAGUCGACRAUUGCCGUCAUUGCCUUCUUGAACACCGACCGCCAAAACGGGGCUGACGAGCUCAUGAAAUGGUCUCUGGCGGCGACCCUGAUGUCUCUUCGGCAGCUCGGUGUGGGGCGAAUUGUUGUGUCGGGUUCCGAGGAACGAACGGAAACGGAGGAGGCGACCGUCCGAGCGGCCUUUAARAUUGUCGCCGAGGCCACAAAGGACUGGGAUCCGUCGCGUAAGCUGGUGUCCGAAAUGGAAUUUUGCGUUACGGCGGAUGCUCGAACCGGCGACAAAGAUACCGCUCUCAACAUUCCCAUUGCGGCUCUGAAGCAGYUGAGGCACGUGUUCCUGAAGCAGACCCCGGCGUCCGUGACCGAGUGCUGGCUAGGCGGCUCGUUCGAGAAGAGGGCAAAAAAAUGGAACUACGUCUUUCUCGGAGAGCCGGAUCUACUGCUGACGACGAGGCCGUCUUCUACUGCGGCMCUUGCCAGGGAGCUGCGGAGGGGCAACGUGUUGGCRCCCCACCGGCUCCAGCCCAUGCCGCACUCGGCGGACUUUGCGGAGGUCCGCCCGGAGGCCGAGGACGACGGUGUGUACAUGCUCCCCCGCACGCUGCCGGGCUUUGAUCGGGUCGWSGAUGCCGACCACAUCGAUACGGAAUGGUCCUGCUGCGACGCCGGGAACCUCAAACCAAAGUACGACUACGAGUCGUGCGGGAUAUUUUGGUGGCAGUGCGGGUACAAGUACGAGCGGCUGCACCUGCAGCACGAGGAGGGCAGGCCCARCCCGGCCGAAGCGCACAAGAUCAUCAAUUCGUACCCGCUCGUCCGGCUCACCARGGGCACGGGGGUCGUCUUUUCGGGAUCCGAGAUCGGGAGRAAGUGCACCCCGCAGCUCGGGCCGUGCACCAAAGRUACCCUGUGAACAGGCCACAAACGACGAUUUCUUCUGGAACGGUCGAAUAGCCACUGCGAGAGCUACGACUACCAGUACUUCUACCACUAGUAGCUGUAGCCGGGCACUCCCAUUCACCUACUAGUAGGCUUUUGCUCUGCCAGCUGGUCACUGCAACUAGAUUACAUGUUUUGCACACACCACGGUACCUCUCAUCUUCAACGCGGAAGCCAUAGUUCCAUCGUUGGCGUGGCCAACGACUUGGAUCUCUUGAAUUAUUACUGCCGUGCCUUACAGAAUUGCUUCAAAUUUAUUUCUCUUUCGAAAGGGAAGCAGGUUGAGGGGUAGAGAUGUUGCUGAAUUGAAUCCUGAGGGUCRAACAAAGAUUAGGUUGACAAGUCUCGCAUUGAGAAAACUUACUCGUACAUGAUACAGUACAGUACGUACACAAUACAUCAUUAUCACAAUCACAAUUGCAAGGGAGUGAACCCUCCCUCUCUGGUGUAUCACGCAAUUAAAUCACGCAAUUAAA